GAUUUUAAUAAAAGUGAAAGUUUAUGGUUUCAUUUCAGGUUUAAUUCAUGUUGUUUUCGAAUUUUCUUUAUGUUUAUUCAUCUUGUUGUCAUAUUUCUUUAAACGUGUAUUCAAAUUGUGUAAUCUUAAAGGAAUAACGCGAUAUUAUAAUGGCUGAUUCAGGAGUAGAUACUGGCAACGAAAGUAGCGAUAAUACAGUAUUUGAUCAUCCUCAUCAAGUUUUCGAAUUCAGCCCUCCACCGAUACCAAUUAACAUUGCUGGGCUUCCCAUGCCUAUCGACUUUUUUGGUGAAGCGCAUGACCAUAUUGGGAAAAUAAAGUUUUGUACCAAUGCGAGGCAUUGUCGUCGCAAAUAUAGAAACUGCAAUUUAUUAUCAUACUUUCCUAAAAACAAAAAGCUUAGGUUUGCUGCUGGCACAAAUAAUACAGAAUUAGUAGAAAAACUUUUGCAAGCAGGUGCAGAUCCUAAUUACACAGAUAAACAUUUGAGGAGUCCACUUCAUAUUGCGGCUUGCCGGGGAUACACUGAUGUUGUUAAAAUUCUUAUUAAAUAUGGUGCUAACCCAAAUAUAAAAGAUACUCUUGGAAAUACUCCUUUGCAUUUAGCUGCUUGCACAAGCCACAUUUCUGUUGUUACCGCGUUACUGGGUGCAGGUACAGAUGUUAGCUCUAAUGAUAAAAAUGGCCGGACUCCUUUACAACUUGCACAGAGCAAACUGAAGCUAAUAAAGAUGAGACCAGGGAUUCAUGCAACUCAGGCACUGCUCGGUGAAAUCCGUCUUAUAGUCGAGAUGAUGUUGAAGUACAUGGAAAUUCAAAAAGCAGAUUCAGGAGAAUUAGAAUCUGUUUGUAAAAGAUUAGAAAAUAUAAGUACAAGGGAGCAAGUUGACUCUGAAGUUCAAAAUUUACUUGAUAGUUUGGAUUCAUUAAAAUUAAGGUAAAAAUAGGUUAUUUAUUUUGUAAAGAAGUCUUAGAUAUUAAUUUUAUACAUUUAUAAUACAUAUUAAUAAUAAGAGUUGUUUGGUAUUGUUAUUUAAUGUCUACACAAAAAAACAGUGUACUUGUUGUUUCAAUAAGUAAUUACUUUGUUUGUACUUCUUGCCUUGACAAACUGGAACCAAUUAUUGCUAUAAUGGUCUUAUAAUUUUUAUAUAUACAUGCAUAGUGAUUCAAUACUAAAGAUUGUAAAGCAGAAAAGUUGCAGUUGAAAGGAUUGCCUUCUUUAACUCUUUGUUAAUUAUAAAAGCCAUGUUUAGAACUUGCAGAAUGUCAAGCAACAAUGUGAACCAAUAUUUUAAUAGAGGUUCUAUACACACUUUAUUUUCAUGAAUAAUGUAAUUAUUGUGUAAGAAGUUUACACUGACUAUUAAAUAUAUAUCUAAAUUUCCUUUUAUAAAAAAGUACAUAUCAUUUAAUUUCUUUGCAUUUGAUCAAAUGAAUAUAGCAUGUUUACAAAAACUUUGUUAUAAGUUAAUAUCAUUUUUUGAUUAUAUGAUUUAAUCAAGACUUUAUUUCAUUUAAACCAUAACUAUUCUUCAUAAAUAUACCAGUAACAAAAAAAAACAUUAAAACCAUAAAGUUUAUUCAGUUACAUUUCAUAGAUUGUAGUAAACUUUAGAACAAAUUUGUAACAAAAUACUAUAGUAGAGCUCAAACUUAUUUCAAGAUUUAAACAGUAAUUAGGAAUGUUAAAAAGAUUUACAUAAAAUUAAAUGCAACAUGAAAUAUGUAUAUUUGGACAAUUUUGUGCUUUUUACUAAAAUAAAACAUGACAUGAUCUCUUAUCUAAAAUGGACAAAGAUGUACUUAUU